AUGAUUUUCUUUACAGAUGGCCAUAAAACGGUCGGUUUUCUGGCUAAAUCUUCCAAAGAUAAAAGUAAUGUGAACACUGGAUCCACAGUUAUAUAUGAUGAGGUUGUCACCAACACCGGUUCUGGAUACGAUGCUUCCACUGGACAGUUUGUGGCACCUUACGAAGGUCUUUAUUAUUUCACAUGGACAACGCUAUCUCGAGUUUCGAACCUUUUCUUAACUGAGAUUUUGCACAAUGACAACAAAAUUGCUUCUAACUAUCCUGAUGGAAGAGGAUUAUCUAGUGGACAUGUGUCAGCCACACAAAGUGUUCUGCUACAGCUUGCAGCAAAAGACAAGGUCUGCAUUAAAACUCAAAUCACAGGACAGUUUAUGUUUGGAAGUGUAUGGUCGACCUUCAGUGGUUUCAAAAUUUAA